AUGGCUACUAAGCAGACCGAGGAUGCACCCAGGGACGUGACUGACAAGAGCCGAAGCAGCGGACUCAUGGUGAGGAUCAGGAAGUUCAACCCCAGGGAAGUUUUCACCUGGCAGCUGGCCAAGACGUUGGCCAUGGGUCAGGGCCUGGCUGGGCUCAUCUGUGGAACGGCCAUCAGCUCCCAGUACCUGGCCACAAGCUUCCAUGUGAACACACCCAUGCUGCAGAGCCUCCUUAACUACACCCUGCUGUGUGUCACCUACACCACCAUGCUGCUCUGCAGAACAGGGGAUGGCAAUAUUUUACAGAUACUGAAGAGGCGAUGGUGGAAGUAUCUUCUGCUGGGACUGGUGGAUGUGGAAGCCAACUAUGCUGUGGUUAAAGCCUACCAGUAUACCACUCUCACCAGUAUACAGCUGCUGGACUGCUUUGUGGUCCCAAUCCUGAUGAUCCUGUCCUGGUGGGUUGUGAAGGCACGCUACAGGCCGGUCCACUAUGUAGCCGUCUCCAUCUGUCUCCUUGGGGUAGGGGCCAUGGUGGGAGCUGACCUGCUGGCUGGGCGAGACCAGGGCUCCACCUCAAACAUCCUGCUCGGCGAUGGUUUGGUGCUGCUCAGUGCUUCACUCUACGCUGUGUCUAAUGUGUGUCAGGAAUACAUGGUAAAGAACCACAGCAGGGUGGAGUUCCUGGGCAUGGUCGGCCUCUUCGGCACAAUUUUCAGCACCAUACAGAUGGUGAUCCUGGAACGUAAUGACGUUGCUGCCAUCCAGUGGAGCUGGCAAGUCGGGCUCCUGUUCUCUGCAUAUGCGCUGUGCAUGUAUGCUCUGUACAGCUGUAUGCCCAUAGUGAUAAGACUGAGCAGCGCCACCUCCGUCAACCUCUCCCUGCUCACUGCCGACCUCUUCAGCCUCUUCUGUGGUAUCUUCCUCUUCCAGUAUAAUUUCUCUGGGCUCUACCUGGUCUCACUGGUGGUCAUCCUCAUUGGCUUCAUCACCUUCAAUGCCGUGCCAACACCCACUGACCGCACAGAGCCCAACACCUCCUCCUCCAUCUGCGAGGAAUGUUACUACGAAAACCCCGUGGCUGCUCAGAAUGACAUCACCAAGCAGGAGGUGGCCGUGACAAUCACCACUGAGGGGGACAAUAAUGAAGAGGAUCAGCAGGGGGAUGGAGAGAAGGAGAAGGUGUGGGAAGGAGAGGAUAGGAGGAAGAGGAGGAGGAGGAGAAGGAAGAAGAGACCUUCAUUGCCAUCACAAAGCCUCAAACAAGGCGAUGAUGUAGAUGUUGGACGCAGCACUAAAAUGUGAACUACAGCACGAAAACCUGUCAAUAUGUCAUAUGUAUUUAAAAAUAUGAAAUACGAAGGAGAAACAAGAAAGAAACAAGACAUAUAAGAAAAGAAUAAAAAAAGGAAAGGAAAGAUACACAUUAAAACAAACUAAACAGUGGUACACAUCAUGUCUAAAAUUCUGUUGUUCAGGAGUCCUCCAAGAUGUCCUGAGGGAAGUCCAGAAAUUCAUCUGUUGCAUAUGUUCAUUGUUACCAACACAGAGAGUCAGAGAGUCAGCUGCCUGACAGCUCUUUUACCCACUGGCUGUAUUUUUUCUUCUGGUUAGUUACUUUUCGGAUUCAGAUUAUUAUUACAAAAUGUAAAUCAACUCAUGAAUUGUGAUUUAUCAUUAUAGCUACAUACAGUAUGUAAUCACAAUGACCUCCACCAUGUGUCGAAUCUUCACAUUGUCACUGACAAUUUUGUUUUGUCAGUGACCUACAUGUAUAGUUUAAACUCUAUCAGGAGGUUCCUUACAUGUUUCUUUUCCAUAAGAACCAUCAAGCACAUUCCCAACCAUCAUCUCCGAUGACAGUGGGAAUCCACUCCUUCCAAUGCAAGAGACAGUACCCCAAACAGAUGAAACAUGCUGUCAUUUAUAGAACAUUAUUUUAUUUUUUUCAAACCAGGUAAUGGUGAGAAAAGAGUAUGAGUAGUAAGAAAAAUCUACAAUCAGCCUUCACAGUGACUAUAUAACUGAUCUAAAUAGUAAUUUUCUAGAAAGCGUUUGCCAAGAUUAAAAAUCUUAAACCUAUUGUUCUUUUGUUUCUGCUGAUUCAUUUGAAUCUGUCACUCUAUUCGUUCAUACUUUUUGCUAAUUUGAAAUGGUGGGGAUGGUCCAGAGAUAUUUUAUAUUUAAAAUCAAUUGUAUUUUUAUUUUACAGGUAAUGCUGAUAUAUUUUGAUUGUUGUGUGUGCAUGGAGUGUUUUGUUUACUGUAAUAUUUGAUUUAUAUUGUCUAAUGUAGAAUAUGAUUUAUAUUGUGUAUAGUGGUGUUUAGAUAUGGUGUAACUACUUUUUGAUGACCAAUACAGUCAAU